CCAUACCUGCAGGUCUUCUUCAGCCCUCUCCUCCCCCAGGGAAUACUUCAAAGUCUGAAACACUCCCAGUGCACCCCCUAAAACAACCAUUAUACCCCAACUCCUCCUGCCACUGACUCCUGACUCUUGCCACCACCCUGUCCUGUAGCCACGCCGCCAUGUUUUGGGUGAAUAGGGCGCUAUGGGUGCCCUACCUUCUGAUCUCUGUAGAUAAAGGGCACUCCUUGGUAUCUCUCUACCAGGGACAUUUAUGUAACCUCUGACUAACACACCAGGGGUGGAGACAGGUCUACUGACAACUACCCCUGAGUGGGAAAAACAGCCCCUAGCCAUCAACAGCCCUGCCAUGCCCCCUCUCAGCCCUGGCAGAUGAUGCCCUAGGCGCCAUGUGGCAGAACACAUUCCAUGUGCCAUGGAAGCUGCCAUCUUCUCAUAAACAAGCCACGCCCCCAGCCCCAUAAAGAGUAAGGAGAGGCGUGGCUCCUCCCUCGGCUCUGAUUGGAUAUCCGUGUCGACGUCACUCUUCCAGGUUUUAGCCUAGACUAGAGUGAUCACAUGACUCUCACAGUCACAUGACAAGAAAGAAGCACAAGAUGUCUGGUCCUAAUGGAGAUUCUCUUGUCCCAGCAGGAGAGGUGUCAGGGGAAGAAGGUACAAUUUUUUUAAAAUAAUUAUUAUAUGUUUUUAUUACUUAAUGUGCUUGUUUAGCGGUAGCAGAGUGCUGUUAGAGAAUUGUCCCUUUAAAGAUCCACCCUUGCAUGGCAUAUAUAGAGAUAUAAGGAGCUGGGGGUCACAGUGUCACUCUUUGAUGGAGUCCUGGCAUUUAGUAUGUACAUAGGGGUGAAUAGCAAUAAAUGUGCUUUUUGUGAUUCAUUAGUUAAAGCCAUGGACAUAGUGCUCCCUCCCCAGCAGAUAGUGAAAUGUGGUACUGCUUUUUCUAUAAAUAAAUUGUAAAAUAAUACAUUUUUUUUUUAGUUUUGAUUUUGCAUGUUUAGUUUACAAAUAUAAUGUAAAACUUUGUAAUAUUUUAGGUAAAAUACAAGGUUAUCUGACAGACUGUAAAUUUCUUUACCACAAAAUUAACCAAGGUGGAUUAUGGGGGUUUUCAGUUUAUUAUACAUAAGCACUUUGGCCACAGAUAUAAUCAUUUUAAUGUGAUUCUUUAUAAUAGAAAAACGAAACCUUUCAAAGGCGCACACAUAGAAUUCUAAGUUCCAUUAUCUACAUUCUCUAAAAUCUCUUUCCCCAUCCCCCACCUAGUGUUUAUAGUAUGUCUAAAAUGCUGUUUUCGUGUAAACACUGCUACUUUAUGCAAGAUAAGCCUAGCUGUUCCUGGAUCUGAGAUAAAGAAGGUUCUCAUCUGAUAAUGACAAACUGGAAUAUUCUUUGAGAAUUUCUUUUUUCACCUUCACAUUAUCUACAAUGGAAUUUAGGCCAUAAAAUUAAACUACUCCAGGGAUGUUUCCUUUGCCAACCAGUUAUAUUUGGUCUAAGUCUCAUUAAAGCAGCACGAUCAUGCCAUGCUUACCUUUUCCCAGUCGCUUCCUCUUUCCUCCUUUUUUUUUUUUUUUUUUAAAUUUUAAUUUUUAUAGCAUCUCUUUCUAACUAAAAACAAAAGACAAACUAGGGACUACUUUGUCAUAUUUAUUUUUCAAAUGCCUGUCUUUCUUAAACACUGGGUGGAGCUACCGCCAUCUACAAAUGUCAAUCCCUGCCCAGCUGCCAGGAAUUUGUGAUGUUUAUGGAGAAUCCCAGGGAUCCUCCAUACACUUCAAUGUUGUACUCUUGCACAUGUGUCAGAGUACAGCAGCGCCAGGCACUCAAGAAGACCGCCGGGAGAAGAUGGAGGUCCCAAAGGGAACAGGUUUAGUUAAGUAAAACUCACCUUUUCCUGAGCAAUAAGUUGUUUUGUAAUCAAGGCUAUAAUCUCUGGCUGGUUAUGUAACUCUCAGCGUACAGGUUGGCUGGGAUUUCCUGGUUGCUUGCAGGCACUGGUGGAUCUGUAGGGGGGGGGCACAGGGCUGCCUAACUCGCCUUAUGGCAGACUGAUGUGUUGGGUCUUGGGUCUCUGACCGAGUUCCCAGUGACUGUUGGCUGCGGGGUCCCUCCACUCAGUUUGCCCAUAGGAGGAGACAGCCUGCUCCUCCGGUCUGCAGCUGUGCCAGGUGCAGAGCUGCAGACUGUGUCUCACAAUCUCAGCCAGAUCAGAGCUUUGCCGCAGGCUACCACGUCUACACUAUGACACUCGUGAGGCGCCAGGGAAUUGAUUUCAAAUAUAUUUCAAUGUGGGGAGGCUGGAUACUAAAACACAGAAUAUAUAUAUAUAUAUAUAUAUAUAUAUAUAUAUAUAUAUAUAGUAAUGGCACUCACCUUUUCAAUCAAUAUAUUAGCCAACUGUAUGCCCUGGUGCAAUUCCACGUGUAUGUAGUGAAUAGAAAAAAGGAAUGCACUCUUCGGUCUUUAUGUAAAAAAAAAAAAAAAAGUAAAGCGGUAUUUAAUGUAUACAUCCGAUCGACGUUUCGACCACGUUUUUCUGCGGGUCGUGUCACAUGAUGCUACAGGUACACUUCCGGGUUCGGAUUGAUGGGAUGAGGGAGUCCAACACAAUUGGUGAGUACAUUUUACUAUUUCUAAUAUAUAUCUUGACAAUAGGUUUACAGAUCGAUCUUGAGGAAGACCUGAACGGGUCGAAACAUCGAUCGGAUGUAUGUAAAUCUUUUGAUACAUUACAUACCGCUUUAGUUUUUCAUAAAGACUGAAGAGUGCAUCUCCUUUUCUAUUAUAUAUAUAUAUAUAUAUAUAUAUAUAUAUAUAUAUAUAUAUAUAUAUAUAUAUAUAAUGGAAAAUGUAUUCAUACUUACCGUAGUUUUCUUUUCCUGGUCAUAUGCCAUGGCAGCACAACAUUGGGUAGCUCCUCCCUAUCCCCAUUGGACAGGAAUAAUUAUUAAGCUGUAUAAGUACCACCUCCUACCCCUCCUUCCCCAGUCAUGUUUUCCAGCAAUAGCCCCGGGUGGGACCCUUGUGCUGCCAUGGCAUAUGACCAGGAAAAGAAAAUUACGGUAAGUAUGAAUAAAUUUUCCAUUUUCCUGGCCAUAUCCAUGGCAGCACAACAUUGGGUAAUACCCAAGCAAUAAACCAGGGAGGGAAAGAGACACAGACUCCAAAAAUUUGAAUGCAAAGUGUAUUAACACCACCACAAGUGAAAAAAUAGAAAUCAGGCAUCGGAUACAGACAGAACUGAUUUAGCAAAUUGAUCAGAUAUACCUGCUCUAACAUCAAUUUGGUAGCUCUUAAUGAAAGUGUUAGAGGAAGACCAUGUAGCUGCUUUACAAAUGAGUUCAGGAGAAACAUUAGCAGCGGCUGCCCAGGAAGAUGAGAGAGCCCUCGUGGAAUGGGCUUUAAGACCCACAGGGACCGGAUAUCCAGCCGAUUGAUAAGCCAGAAUAAUAGCUGCUACUAUCCACCUGCUAAUGGUAGAUUUGGGAGCUUGUGAGCCCUUUUUACAGCCGCAAUGAAGGACGAAAAGACUGUGAGAAGUACGCCAAGCAGAAGUCCUAUCAAUAUAUAUCUGGAGACAUCUUACUAGAUCCAGAGAAGAUAGGUUAGUAGAAUUCUCCAUUUCUUGGGAGUCAGACCUCAGAGAUGGAAGAACAAUAUCCUCGUUGAUGUGAAAGGAGGAGGUGACUUUAGGUCGAAAUUCGGGAACCGUACGGAGGACAACUCUGUCUUUGUGAAAGACCGUAAAAGGCUCCUUAAUGGAUAGAGCAUGGAGCUCAGAAACCCUCCUGCCGGAAGCUAGGGCAAUCAGCAGAGCAGUCUUAAUAGAGAGAGCAUGAAGAGGAACUGUGUCAAACGGUUCAAAAGGUUCCAACUUUAGGGCAUUCAAGACCAAAGGGAGAUUCCAAGAUGGAACAAAUGGUUUAAUAGGAGGUUUUAUCUGAAGGACUCCUUUGAUGAACCUGAUGACAUCCGCGUCCAGUGCCCAUCGAUGAUUGGUUAGAGCGGACAAAGCUGAGACGUGCACCUUGAGAGUGUUAUAGCUCAGCCCUUUAGCAAGCCCAGACUGCAGGAACUCCAAAAUAUUAGAGGAGGAAGGAUCUUGAAUAUUAAUGUUCCUGUGAAGGGCCCAGUCAGAGAAAACUUCCCACACUCUAUAAUAAGUGGCCGAAGUGGAAUGCUUACGUGCCUUCAGCAUAGUGCCUAUAACGUCCUGGGAGAAUCCUUUACUCAAAAGCCGGUUCCUUUCAGUCUCCAAGCCAUGAGAUUGAGAGAGACCGGAUUUGGAUGAAACACAGGACCUUGGAACAGAAGAUCCGGAGUUCUGGGGAGUGGGAGAGGAGGUUCCACCAAAAGACUUUGAAGCAGAGGAAACCAGGGUCUUCGAGGCCAAUAAGGCGCAAUCAGGAUGAGAGACACCUGCUCUGUUCUCAUCUUCCUCAGGAGCGGGAGAAUUAGUGGAAAUGGGGGAAAGGCAUAGCCCAUCCUGAACCUCCAGGGGCUUGAUAAAGCAUCCCUCCCCAGUGCUAGGUGGUCGUCUUCUUUCGUGAAGAAAAGCUUUACUUUUCUGUUGGCCCGAGUGGCUAGAAGGUCUACUUGAGGGAGACCCCAUUCGUCCACAAUCAAGCAGAAUACACUGUCUGAGAGGCACCAUUCCCCCGGAUCUAUCCUGGAUCUGCUGAGAAAAUCCGCCAGCUGAUUCCGUUUCCCUGGUAGAUGGAUGGCAGUAAGGCCCGCCAGGUUUCUCUGAGCCCACCACAUCAGGUGAUUCAUGAUUUCCAUCAUCUUGCAGCUCCUGGUACCCCCUUGGUGAUUGACAUAGGAUACCACCGUGGAGUUGUCCGUCCUUAUCUUCACCCAUUGCCCCUUGAGAUGAUUCGAGAAGUGUUUCAAUGCUUUGAGGACAGCCAGAAGCUCUAGGCAAUUGGAAUGAACAUUGUUUGCCCUGAAACUCCAUUCUUCCUGCGCAAAGUCGUGGAGACAAUGAGCGCCCCAUCCCCAUUGGCUGGCAUCCGUUGUCACAGUUAUCCACGCGAUAUCUCCUAGUGGAAAACCCUUUGAUAGGUGCUCCCUGUUUAACCACCAGAUUAGAGAAUGGCGUACAUUCAGGGAAAGUUUGAUGGGUUGGUGCAGGUUCCCGGAGGAGAACUGUCUCAGGAAAUUGGCUUGGAAUGGUCUCAUUCUCCACUGUGCCCAUCUGGUCAGUCCUAUUGUGGAAGACAUGGAACCAAGGAGGCUCAUUAUGGCCUUUGCCGGGGCCACCCUGGAUAUCAGCAUUCUUCUCAAUAACAUCUUGAGUUUCCGUAUUCUUGCUGAUGAAAGUUGAACAGUGCCCUUUAGAGUGUCGAAGUGAGCACCUAAGUAAACCAUAGAUUGCGUUGGGUGGAGGUGGCUCUUCUUGGUGUUGAUCUUCCAGCCGUGAGCUUGCAGAAACUGAAUGCUGGUAAUAGCAUGGGAUGUCAGAGAAUCUACGUUGUUUCCUAAGAUCAAGAUGUCGUCCAAAUAAUGGUAAAUCGCAAUGUUCUGUUUUCUGAGCUCUGCAAUGAGAACAAUCAGGACCUUUGUAAAUGUCCUCGGAGCUGUGCUCAGUCCAAAGGGGAGGGCCCUGAACUGGAAGUGACCUUCUUCCACAGCAAACCUCAGAAACUUUUGAUGAGUUUGGGCGAUGGGUAUGUGAAAAUACGCAUCUAACAGAUCUAUGGACAGCAUCCAUUGGUUGGGUGACACUACUUUUAUUAUAGAUUGUAGGGAUUCCAUUUUGAACCUGCGAAUGUGCAGAUGCUUGUUUAGCCUGUGUAGAUCCAGAAUGGGUCUCCAUCCCCCUGAGGAUUUCUUCGUUAAGAAGAUGUGGGAGUAGAACCCUUGAGUUCUCUCGCCGGCUGGCACUUUGGUGAUAACUUUCUCCUUCUGCAAGGAAAGGAUGAAGUCUUGUAAGGCCAUGCACUUUUCCUUGUCCCCUGGCCACUUUGUGAGGUGAAAGGACCUGCUUGGAGGAUGCUCGAGAAAUUCUAUCAAGUAACCUCUCCGAAUAAUAUCCAGUACCCAACCGUCGCUUGUGGAUACUCCCCAUAUCGGUAGAUAUUGGAGAAGACAAGCCCCGACACCUUCGGAUUUGGGAAUUAUAUAGUCAUAAAUUCCUCUGGUUUUUAUAGGAAGAUGAACCGCGUGACUUGCCUCCUCUGUUUCCAGCUGGGGCUCCUCUCCCAGGUUGAAAUCUGGAAUAUUCUCUGCCCGGUUUGUAGGACCUACUGUCACGAAAGGAAUGGUACUCUUUCCGGGCACGAAAGGAUCCUUUAUACUUUCUCUCCUGAGGUAGAAAGGCUUUAUUCCCUUCAGCCGCCCUCUUAAUGCAUUCGUCCAAAUUCUUGCCAAAUAACAUACUCCCGUGAAAUGGCAAAGAACACAAACUAUUCUUGGAGGAAGCAUCGGCUGCCCAAGAUCUGAGCCAAAGUGCUCGCCUAGAGGAAAUCGAGAAGGACAUAUUUCUAGCAAGACUCCUUACCAGAUCCACUGCAGCUUCUGAUGAAAAAUCAAUUGCUAGACGCAUAUCUCUUAGGUCCUCCAAAAUGGAAGAACGGCUUCUGCCACUCCUUAUGUCCCCUUCCAGCUCCUGUAUCCAAACCUUCAUAGCUCUCGUAACUGACGUGAGAGCAACGGCCGGGUGGAGACUUGUGCCUGAGGCUACAUAGGAUUUGGAAAGGUAGUAUUCCAUCUUACGAUCCAUAGAAUCCCUGAAGGAACCUGCAUCGUCUACAGGAAGGGUAGUGUGCUUGGCUAGUCUGACCACUGCAGCAUCAACUUUAGGUGGAAAAUCCCAUGUUUCAGCAUCUUUGGAAUGAAACGGAUAUAAUCUUGAGAACUUCCCUUUUGCAGAUGAUCUCCGGUCAGACCUGGACCAUUCUUCUUUAAUAAGGUCACUAAUUGUGGUAUGCACAGGGAAAGCCGCUCUCUUUCUUCUAAGAUCAGAGAAAUAGCGGUUAGAUGUAGACGGUUCCUCCUCUGAGGGUUCCUUCAAGGUAAGGGUUUCUCUGACCCGGGCAAUUAAAUGAUCCACCUCCGCAGGUACCAGGAAGUCAGGAUCAGGGAUAGCCUCCUCCUCCGAGGAAAAAGCUAGGUCUCUCAGAGAAGCUGAAUCCAUUAACUCUUCUUCAGAGUUUCCUGGAGAUAAAUCUGAGGGCUCAGAAUAUCUAGGCCGCUUGUGGGUCUUACCAACCUCUCUUAUACCCUGGGCAACUGCAUGCUUAAUAAGUUGCAUAAAGUCCGGUGUUGAAUGAGAAGGGCCAGCUGCUGCUGAGAGACAAUCUGAACAGAGACGUUUUCCUUCUAUGGCUCUGUUAUCACAGGAUAUACACAGCGUCCUUUUGGGCGACUUCCCCUUGGACGAUCCUGAAGUCUUUGUACUUUUAGCACUGAAAUACAACAAACGUGCUCAUUAGUACAUUACCUCUCUUUUUUUUUUUUUUUUUAAAAGGAUGGCUUACCUAUAUUGCUUAGAUUGUGACCUAUUGUGAUGAGAAGAAUCCGAUUCCCUGGAUCCUGAGCGAGAAUCCAUCUAUAAAGAAUAGAUGGAACAGCGAAACUAAUACCAAGAAGAAAUAUAUAUAAAAAAAAUAAAAAUAAGAGGGGAGAAAAACUUACUUCGAUGCUUGAGAAGGAAAAAGGAACCUGGAAAGGCGAAGAACCAACAGAAUGGUGCAGAAAAAACUUUCCUGGAGGAAGAAGCUCAACCUACCCUGAAAAAGAGGUCUGGCGCUUUAAGAAGGGUAUCUGAUGUCAUCGCGCAUGCGCAAAUGAGCGAAAAAACGCGCGAACGGCCCAAAUGGAUAGAUUUAGCGCGCGAACGUGCUAAUUCGUUAAUCGCGUUCGCGUGCUUAUUCAAACGAAGCCGCGCGAACGCUUAGAAACAACCGAACGUCGCGCAUGCGUCCAGGAGCCCACGAAUGCCGUGCAGGCGCCCAUGAGACUCCCGAACGCCGCGCAGGCGCACAGGAACUCCCGAACGCCGCGCAGGCGCACAGGAACUCCCGAACGCCGCGCAGGCGCACAGGAAUUCCCGAACGCCGUGCAGGCACAGGGGAACCCCAGCACAUAGAGAUUACAGUUUUCUUAGAGAAGGAGACUGAUUACCUACUGUAUCUUCAGAAGAAUAAUCUUACAGGUAAGAACCAAAUCAUGGAGCCAUUACCUUGAUUCUGGGGGGAGAUUCCAAGUCCGGAAACCAGUCAUAAUUCCAUGUUAUUCCACUUGUUACAUAAUUGGAAGAAUCAUAGGAAGGUAAAACCCCCGGUCACUAAAGGGGUUCUCUCCAGGGGGACACCUUUGCGCAGGGCCGUAUACUGGAGACUUCCCAGGGGAGAGAGGGUGAACUCCCCAGGGGCCAGAGGAACUAAUCCUCAGGUAAGCCAUAAAGAAAUUCUAAUAGUCUGAAAAGACCGACAUGUCCUAGGGAUAGGACAGGAAAAAAAGACUGGGGAAGGAGGGGUAGGAGGUGGUACUUAUACAGCUUAAUAAUUAUUCCUGUCCAAUGGGGAUAGGGAGGAGCUACCCAAUGUUGUGCUGCCAUGGAUAUGGCCAGGAAAUAUAAACACACACACACACACACCCCUAGACCCCAGGGAAGCUACCCUCCUUCACCCAAAUGGUAGGAAACAGGAAGGUGGCUUUAAAUGUGUCCCUUUUGCCUGUAUGUGUGUGUCUGCUGUGUAUCUGUUAGUGUGUAUUUGAUUUUUUUUAUUUUUUCCAUAGGGAAGUCUUAAAAUCAGGCCUUUAUUUUUUUCUUUAACAAAAUCCAAAGUUUGGGGAGGUUGUCUUAGAAUUGAGCAAAUAAGGUGCAUUUAAACUUUUAUGAAGUGGAUGUUUGUAUUGGCAUUGCCUGGAGAUCAGUUUCUAUUAAAGGCCCAUAAAGCACUUCAGCUGGGUUUUUAUUUCUCAUUUUACAAAAAGUGCAUUUUUUUUCAGUAUAGCUAAACUCAUAAGGCAAGCAAUUACUGAAUACCUGCCUUGCAAAGACUUUUCAAAGAGCUGCAGUGGGACGUUUGUAAAAUUGGACAGCCAGAGUCUAAAAAUACACAAAUGCAUGCAUGUUUUCAUUGGAAGUAUAUCUACUAAACAGAUUUUGACUCCUACUUACUCACCCCAACUCUAUAAGGAUGGGUCUCUUAUUACAAUUUAUCUGCAUUAAUCUUUGUGCUAGUACGUUUUUAAUAGGUCUAGAACACCCUGUGACUGACUGCUCCUUUUAACUCCUUUCAAGUUGCAUUAUUUAUAACAAAUACCUUUUUGUGUUGCUCUGUAUGUAUUGCGCUGCAGCAUAUGAUGUUACUUUACAAAUGCCAGUAAUAACAAUGAAGCCCAACAUAUUGUGCAGCACAGUACAGUGGGUGAACAAGAUAUUCAAAUAUUUGGAAGACAAGUUUGAAUUGUAAGAACAAGAGCUGGUGAGAGACUCUCGCAGCUUUAUUGCGAUAUACCCACAUAAAGGUACAUUUAUUUGGAUUAUGCAAUGUUUAAUUUACUGCUCUGAUUUAUAAUUUAUUUUUUCAUCUAGAACUAUUGUUUGUUUUUCCCCCACUAGAUUAUGCAGCAUUGGAUUUUAUGCUGGAUCAGAUUAGUUUCUGUCUUGACCACCUCGAAGAGAAAAAUGACCACUUACAUGCGCAACUACAGGAUUUGCUGGAAUCAAAUCGUGAGGCUCGGCGUGACUUUCAGCAGCAGUUAAACCAGAAUGGAGCCAACAGUGCGCAGGAAGCAGGGAUGUAAUGGUUACCAAAAGCACAGCAACAACAACAACAUAGGAAAAUAUCUUCCCAAAAUGUUUCUAUAUAGCAGUUAAUUGGAAUUGUCCUUCCUAAUGUUUUUACAAUGAUUAGAAAAAAAAAGACACCGCUACAUAUUUAUCAAGAAAACCGGCUUUAUUUAUUUAUUUUCCACGUGGGACCAAUGUUAAGGACUACUACAAGGAUUUCCAUCACAAUAAACCCAAGAUUUGUAUUUUAUUAAUAUUUGUCUUUCUUGUACGUGAAUGUCAAUCUUACCCAAAUAUCUGACACGUUACUGUACCUCUGAAUACUUUUUUUUUUUUUUGCUCUGAUCAAUUGUGGGCCGACAAGCCCUAUGGUGGCUGAGCUUUGCAAAGUAUCAUGGGAGUUGGAGGUCUAGAACCAUUUGAUAGAGCUACUGGUUGGACGACCCCACUAUCUACUAUACUUGUUUGAUAUAAUUCUGUUAUACAACCCAAUUACACUAAAAUAAAAAAGUCAACAAGUGAUCUUCCCUGAAGCUACAUUAUAUUUUCCAGACAAACUGUUGUAUUUACUUAACAUUUUCUUUUUUCCCCACCUGAAGUUCCUAGGUAACACAAAUUUUACAAAAACUAAAAUAAUGCAAGAAAUAUUUGUAAAAAACUUUGUAAUUUGAUAGCAAGUUAAUGUCCUAACUGGGUUUGCCAAAUUAAAGGGACAUUAUAGGCCCCCAGACUACUUCAGCUCAUUGAAGUGGUCUGGGUGCAGUGUCACAGUCCUCCUUGGUCGUGCAAUGUAAAACAUUGCCGUUUUUGAGAAACUGCAAUGAUUGCUUUGCAGAACUGACUGCCUCUAGUGACAGUCUAUCAGACAGCAUCUAGGGGCGCUUUCGGGAAUCUAAUGGAGUCUGACUCCGUUCAACGAUGCUGGACAUCCUCACCCACUGCAUGAGGACAUCCAGCAUCCGUGCAAACCUCUAGGAAAGCAUUGAGGCAAUGCUUUCCAUGGGGAUGUCCUAAUGCGCACUCCGCGCAUGCCCAUUAACUCCCCCCAGUCUGUGGAGGCGGAGCGCGACCCAGUGCCGAGGGAUAUUGGCACUGGUGUCGCGAGUAAAUAAAGUUUUUUGUUUGUUUGUUUUUUUUUUUUAGUAAUCCCUUUAUGUGCUACUGUUGGCGAGUGGGGGCAGAGGGCACUAUAGUGUUAGGAACACAUUUGUAUUCUUAACACCAUAUAGAAUCCCUUUAAAUAUAGUUGACUAUUUUAAAGGAGGGUUUUUACAUCUGUUUUUACUUAUGGAAACUGAAGUGGUUCCCAACUUGUGGGUUGCUCUCUUAUAACUCCUCACUGAAACGAGUUAAUGAGGGCCUAGUUCAAAUGAGCCUAUAAUCUAUAUCAGUGGUCCUUAUUUUAUACUUUAUUAUUACAGCCUUAAAAGGAGCAAUGUUAUCACCACUACUGUUCACUAUAGUGGGGCUGUUACUUAGAGUGCCCUGGUGCCAUCCUAAAGUAAGCUGUCAAGUCCAUUACAUACACUGAUCUGCUGAAGUAGAACUUCCUAUCUCCACAUUGGCAAUCUCAAAUGUAAUUUAUUUUUUAGCUUCUUUAGACACACACUUGCCGACACUCAGCCAUUGAAACAUUACAUAAUUUACAAAUGGAAUGAUAUAAACAGGGCUUUUCCUUUUUCCCAGUGACCACCCCAUCUCAGCCACAUUAAUAAUGUGAAAUUUACACUUUAACGUCAUUUCAUUCAUCCUGAACGAUUGGCUGAGAUUCCUGGGGUAUUUGAGCUGAUGCUAGACAGGCCAUUCCUAACAGACUGAUAUUAAACUGGGGGAUUUGGCCCAAUCACUCGAGCUAAUAUAACUAUUAAAGCAAGUAAACAAUGGCUAAGGAACUGACAUUCCCUGAAAUAGCCUUGAUUCUGUAAAUGGCAUUUUCACCCAUACUCCAAAUGAGGAUGAAUGUAGAAAAACCUUUGUUAUAAAUGGACUUCUAUACUACAGGAUCAUUGGAAUAGUUUAGAUCCGGUUUAUGUACAUUCCACCUGUGUGAGCACCAUGGGAAAUGUAGUGCAAAGAGCUGCAAAGGCUCUCAAACACUCCAUCUUGAGCAAGAUACCUGUCCUAUAAACUUCAACACAACCACAGUGUUUUUUGGGUAGCGAAGUUUAUGGCUGAAUGUUAGCAGUUAUGUGUUUUCAAAGCUUCUAAAAGUUUGGUUUUACUGGCUCUAUGGGAACAAAUACUUUCAAUGUAUCCAUACCCUCUUCUUGAGUCACAUGACUAAAUUCCAAAAUUAAAUUGCCCCUAAAAAACUAAAUGCUACUGGGUAAAACAUCUGAAGGAUAUGUACAGGGAGAUGUGGCCCAUUCUAAAUAAACAAUGCAGCUCCACUUUCCAUUCCUAAUGUGUUCUAUAUUCAGUAAACUAAAGAAAGUUAUAUCUUUGCUAGUUGUCAAAAUAGUAAAUUAUAUUGAAAUUUUCACUGCAAUUUAUUUUGCAUAUAGGACUGUAUGUUCCUAUUAUGCAUAAGUAGCGCUCUUAACUCCUUAAGGACCACUAUUGGUCUAUGCCCUCAUUACAAUCUGUUCUUUAAGGAUCCUAUUCAAAAAUGAAAUUAACGACUCUAACACCAGGGAGCCACUAUACUGGCAUAAAUUAAGGUUCAAAUAAAGAUGAUGGGAACGUUUUACAUUCUGACGCGAUUAAAUGCAUGUAUAAUCUAAAACAGGGGUGUCCAAAAGGUAGAUCUCCAUUUGUUUCUAAAACUACAGCUUCCAUGGUGCCUUGCCAUUCUAAGGCAUGCAAAAUAUCAUGGGAGUUGUAGUUCAACAUCUUUUGGGCACCCCUGAUCUAAAAUAUGCAUACAUUCUCCACCUUAUUUUCAAAUUUGUUGUGCUCAACUAUGAUACGCAUGCUUUUCUAGGACUGGAAAAUCAAUGCAGGGUAGCCCUAAUAUAACUGGUAAAAAGAUCAAACUAUCCUUUUAUGUUGGGAAUAAAUAAGGAUACAGUGUCUUCACCUCUGUCAUCUAUCUAACUACACUACUGUCUCAAAUUCUCUCUCCUACUUUUUAUUUUAAAGAACCAACUUUCAAUUCAUGAGAUGAUGUUUGAAGAAUAUGCAGUAAAUGGUACAGGGAUCACUGAUGUCUAUGCCGAGAGGAGCGCCUGUUGGAAAGAGAGGCAGAGUCAUUUUGGGUUGUAGAAUUUUCCUCUUGCAACAUCGAUAUUCCAGCAGCACUGUCGCUCUCCAAAUUCUUUCCCAACAACAGAGUUUCUGACUCAAGCAGAUAUCCUGCAUCUUCCUCACUUGUAGCCACCAAGAGAUCAAUUGCUGCUUUUGACCCUCCACUAGCAAUAGAAUUGUUCUCACUUUCCCCCAUCAGGGCCAGGUUUCCAUCUCCCUGACCUGCCUGGCUUUCUGUCUGUAGAGUGCCACAUCCCUGCUCUGGCUCUCCUUGCAGAGCUGCAGGACCAGCAUCUGACUGAUCAAGCAGUGUGCACGGUUUGUCUCCACUGAUGGGUAAAGCGCCUUCAUCCCCCUGAAUCUCUGCUAUUUUGGUGUAAGGUCCAGAUUCCACCUGUGGGUCGGUAUGGCUCUUCGAUGCUUUGUAUUUCUGUAAGUAGAAACAGUAAUAGAGCAGUGAAUAGAAACAAGCACAACCCUUAGCACUCAACUCAGCUUUAGCCCACCACCGUAUGUGGAACUGCAAACCCUACAAAGCUUUGCCAGCACAGGCCACCUCAUCAGGUUGCCAUAAUGUAUGGGGGCUCCCUAGUCUGUUUUUUUUAGGAGAUCAACACUUUUCUUGUGUGUGCGUUCCUGCCGCAAUUGUGCUGCACUGUGUCCCUCUGUUACAGCACUAAGAGGGUUAGUUUUAGAAAAUAGUGCAAUUUGUCUCACAAAAACAGGGGAAAUAUUCACUAAAGUAACUAGGCGAAAAAUUGCCAAACUAGAAAAUGAUCCAAGCCAGCUAUUUUCUGCUCAGCUAUUUAACCCCUUAAGGACACAUGACGUGUGACACUUAAGGGGUUAAACGUAAAAUUUCAGACACACACGAUUCACACUUUAGUGAAUAACUCUGAUAGGUUUCGAAAGACUCUGGAGUAUAUUAACUACGCCAGAAAGUGGAAACUGAAUUGCAAAUUUUAGGGCAAAAAUUUCUGAUUAAGAAAUAUUUAUAUACAAGUCCUGUGUUGGUAUGUGUGUAUUAUAAUUAACACCACUUAACACCCCAGCGCGUUCCUCAAAAGCAUUUACUGGGGUAAGGAGUGGUUACGACUUAAAGUGAUGCCAAGUUCUGUGAAGCCCCUUUGGAUGAGUUUGACACAUUAUAUUUACCAGACCACUGCCUACCAUAAAGUGUUUAUGCUACACCACCUCUUAACCACUACAAGAGAUGCAGAACAGAUGUUUGUAUCAACACUUUACACAAGGUAAGGAAGGUUUUAAUUAUAGGACACUCUUUUAAUGUCUCCAUACCUAUUAUACCUGCAAUUAUAAUGUCUGUGUACCUAAUGCACCUCUUGUGUGCAGCACCAUAAGCACUACAGCUUAAAGCAGUGAUUAUCCUGCUUUGGAGGCUGGCCCAUAGAGGCGGGUUGGGGCAGCACCACCUCACACCAAUUUUGUUGCAAAAAUAAAAUAAAAAGAGGGUGGUGGGUGGGGGGAAGCAUUCUCAGCCACUUCCACAUUUAUGCAAUAUUAUAAGGGAAUAAUCUGUACAUAGAAGAAAGUAAAUAUACACUUUUAUUCAUAGAUAUAUUUGUGUGCAUUUAUUUAUUUUUCCAGUGUAUUAAACUGAACAUGUGUGCUAUUUUUCAACCUGUAAAGUCCCUUUAAGAAUCAAUGAUGGAGGAAAUAAAUGUGAACAGGCUCAAAGCGGUAACAAACUGUCUAGAAGCCGGACCUCACUGUGACAUUCUAGAGCUAUGGCAAGUCAUGAGUUUUAGCUAAGGAUGCAGGAGUCAGACAAUGGAACGAUAAGAGUUAAUGGAAACAUGAUCAAUGAAUGUAGAAUGAGAGUCACGCAAAAGAAAAACACAAGAAACAACAAAAGGAUGUAGGAGGAGACAAGAAAGACAAAGCAAAGACCAUGCUAACGCAGAAGGGUCUAACCUGGACGUUCUGAUAAUGUGUCAGGGACUUGCAGUGUAACAGCCGGGCCGCAGAGUCACUAGGGUAGAAUUUGUGACACAGCCUGCAGAGAUAACCCGCCACAGGGACGAUAAAAUCCAGGCCUGUGAA